GCAGGCGCGGGGCCGCUCCGCCGCCCGCCGCGUAAACAAGGGCCCGGCGGGGAUGCGGCGGGGUCGGGGCGGCCGCGGGGGCCGCGGCUGAGGGGCGCAGCCUUCCGGAGGUGUUUCCUCGUCCUCCCCCCGCCGGACGGGGGUGGCGAGGGCUGUCCCGCCAUGAACUUGGCCGGGCAGAGCGGCGACGCCGGUAGCGGCCAUCUGCUGUUCGCCAACUUCAACCAGGACAACACAUCCCUUGCAGUUGGCAGUAAAUCAGGCUACAAAUUCUUCUCUCUCUCUUCUGUGGACAAAUUAGAGCAGAUCUAUGAAUGCACUGACACAGAAGAUGUGUGCAUUGUGGAGAGGCUCUUCUCCAGUAGUCUGGUGGCCAUAGUUAGCCUUAAAGCUCCACGCAAGCUGAAAGUUUGUCACUUUAAGAAGGGGACAGAGAUUUGCAACUACAGUUACUCCAACACCAUCUUGGCUGUCAAACUCAAUAGACAGAGGCUGAUAGUAUGUCUGGAAGAGUCUCUUUAUAUCCACAACAUACGAGACAUGAAGGUAUUACAUACAAUCAGGGAGACCCCUCCCAAUCCUGCAGGGUUGUGUGCUUUAUCAAUAAACAAUGAUAAUUGCUACCUGGCCUAUCCAGGAAGUGCAACUAUUGGAGAAGUACAAGUCUUUGACACCAUCAAUCUGAGAGCUGCCAAUAUGAUCCCAGCUCAUGAUAGUCCCUUGGCUGCUUUGGCAUUUGAUGCAAGUGGUACUAAACUUGCCACAGCCUCAGAAAAGGGGACGGUAAUAAGAGUGUUUUCCAUUCCAGAGGGACAGAAACUCUUUGAAUUCCGAAGGGGAGUGAAGAGGUGUGUGAGCAUCUGUUCAUUGGCUUUCAGCAUGGAUGGCAUGUUUCUGUCUGCAUCCAGUAACACGGAGACGGUGCAUAUCUUCAAACUUGAGACUGUGAAAGAAAAACCUCAGGAAGAGCCUACAACCUGGACAGGUUAUUUUGGAAAAGUGCUGAUGGCCUCAACGAGCUACCUGCCCUCUCAAGUAACAGAGAUGUUCAACCAGGGUAGAGCCUUUGCUACAGUCCGUCUGCCCUUCUGCGGGCACAAAAACAUCUGUGCACUUGCCACAAUCCAGAAGAUCCCUCGUUUGCUGGUGGGAGCUGCUGAUGGGUAUCUCUACAUGUACAACUUAGACCCCCAGGAAGGAGGCGAGUGCACACUAAUGAAGCAGCACAAGCUCGAUGGCAGCAUGGAGCCCGCCAACGAAAUUCUGGAGUCUGCAUCGCACGACCGGCCGUUGGUAGCGCAGACGUACAGUGCCGCUGUGACUAAAGGUACAUAUGUGCCUUCCUCACCCAGCAGGCAUGCCUAUACGGAUGACCUGGGUGCUGUGGGUGGAGCUUGCCUGGAAGAUGAAACCAACUCACUUAGAUUGGAUGAAGACAGUGAGCAUCCCCCCAUGAUCCUUCGGACAGACUAAACUUGGACCUGUGAACUCACUCCUGAAGCAGAGAACACUGGCUUGACGUUUCUUGAGGAAUCUCGUGUUAUGCUGCUAUGAACUUUGACAUGAGUUGGGAGAGAGGAUGACAGACUCUUACAGUUUUAAGUCGUAGCUGUAGUUCUAAUUCUAUACAAUUGGAAAAAUAUAUGGUUUUCAAUUCAGUGGCUUUUAAUCUUGCUUAUCUAUUUUAGCUGUGUUUAUUUUUUUUUUUUGUUGCCAAAACCUGCUGUUUGUGCAGCCCUCAGAGCCUACUUAGCUUUGCAUGCAUUCAUGUGCCAAGCAAGCAUAGGAGGGGGAGAGAGAGAGAGAAGCCACUUUAUAACAAACUCAAGUUUGUAUUUUUUUUAUAUAUGUAUAUAAUAUUUAGCCUAUAUAAGGAAGGAGUAGAGAAGUGGUUCUGGAAGCUGAGACUAGUUCUGCACUGACAAAGGUCCAAAUGGUUUCCUGUGCAUGGGCUUGCAGGCAUACCUAGUGACUGACAUGCAACCUCUCAAAUGCAAUGGCCUGUUUUUUUGGGUUCUCCCUUCCCUUUCCUGGACCAUUUUGUUAAUUAAAAUUCCUUCUGAAUGUUGUGUAUUUGUGGGACUGUUCUGUUUGUUGGGAUGGAAAACUGGAAGUGUUUCCCUGCGUAAGGAUAUAGAAUUUAGAAAGUGCCUUUACAGGGAAGGAAAGGAAUUGCUGCAGGAAGAAGAGCUAGAAUGAGGGAAGGAUUGUUGGAGAAUCUUGUCUGUACACCUUUGGUACUUGAGUGUCUGUAGCCUGUGGUGGCUGAUAAACUUGUGGGUUUUUGAGAAAAGACUUGGAAAGCACUUUCUUUCUUUCCUAUAGAUUGUCCUGUUUUCUUGGCAGAGUAGCAAUAACCUUUUUUUAUACCUUUUUGAAUUAUCCAAAGCACGGAUUCUGUCAGGCUGGAGGGAAGUCCCUGUAGGGUUUGGCAGCCCCACUCUAUAAACAGCCUUAAGGUUUCCUGCUAGAAGGCUCUCAGUUCCUGCUUCUUCUCAGUCUGGGGCUGAGUAUACUGCUCUAAUAGUGAAAGUUCUUGAUUUUUUUUUUUCAGAUUCUGAUGUAAAUAUAAAUGAUUUUGAAAAUUUAAUUUACUUCUGGGUUCUCUACUGCUACAUAACAAUGCUUUUCUUUCUGUUUUUUUUUUCCCAUUCCCCCUCUCAUCAGAGUACCUCUUAUAGAUACACUCAAGGACUCGUCGUUUCUUUGGCAGUUUUGGAAUAAAUCCUUAACUGCCCUGACACUGACUAGGGCUUUCCAAGGCUGAGCAGUGCUGCAGACUAUUUUUAGGGUUGUAAUGUGCCUUCUCUUAAGUCUUGGAUAACAGUUAUUGAGCAAGUGAUUAGUGAAGUACUUGGUGAGUGUUACUUCCCUUUGCCAAAACAAGCCUGCUUUGCCUUCUGUGUAGCAAUGUGGGUUGUUUCCUUUCCCUCUACUGACUGCUUGCAAAGAAGUAAAUAUAAAGAGAGGCAAGGAAAUAGCAGAUCUUAAGAGGAGGACAGAGGCUGAGUGCUCCAGCUAUGUGUGAACUCCCUACCACAACUAGGCAGUGAUGUUCUUUUAGGAUUGGUACCAUGAACAAGUCCUCCCUGGAGCAGCACUAGCAUGCAGUGGGCUCUGUCCCCAGAGCCCCGUGUGGGCAGAUGGGCUUCCCCUGCCUCUACAAGUACAAAGAAGGUGGCAGCCCCUGCCAGGAGAGCUCUGUCAGGGAGGCUGCAGUGAGUCCCUGUCAGUGGAAGGUGUUUGUACACAAGUGUGUGUGGGAGAGAAGGGAUCAGGCUUGUUUAUUCACUGCAAACCCUUGAGUGUCCUAAGUAGUUGGUUGGAGUGGGUUGUGGUGUCCUCUCCAGAACCCAGCACAUUCCCAGCAAACCCCUGAGCCAUGCUGAAGCCUCACUUAGUCUCUUGACUUUAAGGUCUGGCUGACAACUCAAUUCCAUGGUCUGCAGUUAUUUAUUUAUAUUCUGCUUUACUGCUCUCAGCUUUGCUGUGAUGUUCCAAGCUGCAGAGUGAAACACAAGUCUUGAAGUAAAUAUAAGCUCAGUGAGCUUUACUGGCAAACUGACCCACCCAGGAGAUGUCUUCUCAUUCCAGGCUAAAGCUGGUUAACAUUCCUGAUAACAUCCUUGGAGGUUUGGCCUAGACUCCACAAGCACAGUUAGCAGUAAACAUGCACCAGCAACACAGGUCUGCUAAGCACACAAGUUUUACAACUCCUGAGUGUGGCAAAGGCCAUGUUACACCCCUAAAUGUAAUUACUAACUUUACUGUAAAAAAUGGAGGUCAUUUAUUGUACUAAUUUUAUUCCCUUCUUAAUUUCCGUACCUUAUUUUCCACGGGUGAGUAGGAGAUCCCAUAUUCACUGUAUUUGUGUCUUCCAUAUGCUGUAGUGUGUUCCUGCUCCUGAGCCACACACUGUGGAAUUGCUGUGCCCUACUUGGUUCACUCUUAAAUAGAAGCUGAAAGCCAGUUAAAAGUAUCUUCUUGCUGUUGUAACUGAGAAAAUCUUUUUGUAGAGCAAAAAUAUUAAUGUUCUGAAGUUAGUGACCAGCUAGUAGGGUGGAGCAGGUAAUUUCUGGUCCCCACUGGCUGUGUAUUUAAGAGUGGUGACAGUAGUUUAACUGCAUGAGGAUAUAAACUUUUUCUCAGAUAAAACAUGACUGAUGUAAUUUCCCUGUGAUGGCCUUAGGCCCUCAGUAACCACCCUGCUGUGGGGUGCUACCAAAGCUAGAAGCCUUUCAGGUUGAGGGUUUAUCCCAGUGACACAAAGAUGAAUUUCUAUUUUUUUUUUCUUUAAACAUAACCAGAAAUGCUGUUUGCAGCUGCAUCCUCUCCUGAGUGUGGAGCAUGUGAUUGCACUGUUGUUCUCUGUGAAUCAGGUGGUGUCUAAACAUUUCUGUUCUGAUGCUCUGACAGACCCAGGGCAAGCCAAGGAGGCUCGAGCCCUGUGCUGUGGCCACAAGCUCCUGGUCACAGGAUAUGGGAACACCUGUGCAGUCCCUCUCAGUUCAGACUGACCUUCCUUGGAAGGACAGUGUUUGUUCUGUACAGCCUGUCUCUCUCUCUCUCCAUAUGGGCUGCACCUCUUGAUAGCUUUUAACUCAGUGGAGGGUUGAGGCAGAGAACUGAAACAACCAAAGCUGGGGAGGGGGGAACACUGAAAAACUUGGAAUCCUAAACUCAGGUCUUAGCUUGCAGUGGGAUCAGUUCCCAGUGAGUACCGUGGGGAAGGAGCUGUUUCUCUUGAUGUGCAAAUGGGCAGCGAGUGCAGGUCCUCGCUGCUGUCUCGACAUCUGUCUGUUUACUCUGUAUUCAAGUUCUGAGGCAGAAAGCUUUUAUCUGCCCUGGUCUCUUCUUAUGUCACUGUUUCCAAAAUACAAGUGAUAGAUAAUCUAGCAGUUAAAAGGCAGGGCCUGGCAGAGGAGGAGGAGGAAGUAGAAAGCAUCAAGAGGUUGGUAAAAGCUGUUUGUUCUGGUGCCCUGUUGAACAAGAUGUUGGCACGAGUGAGUGCUCCCUCUGGGAUCAGGUGUGUGCUCGUACCUUGCUGCUCUGGGUCCUGCACAGCAAGUUUCUUGGCUGUGUUCUGCAGAGGGUUGGGGUAGAGGUGGUGGCUUUUCAAGUCUGCCUGAAUGCAAAUAAAUACCUGAGAAACCUUUAGUGCAGUGACAGGUGUCUGCACAGAGGGAACUUGGUCUGACCUGUGUGGAACAGUGAAAAGGGAGGAAUGAGCAGAGGAGCGCCGGGCUGGGUGAGCGCUGAGCCCAAGCACAGCACUCUCUGUUAUAUCCCAUGCUGUGCUUUCUUGGCUCCAAUAAUGGCAUUAGCACCAACCAGCAUGCAGUAGGACAGUAGGAUUUCUUUCCCUGUGGGUUGCUGAGCUGUUCAGUAUCCCACUGAUGUGUGCAGAUGCUCCACUGCUGUUUGCAGAGCGACAGGAGUCUUUGUCCAAAGCGUUGGUGGGGAUUAAUCACUGCAGAGGUUUGGGAAGUAUUAUUCUGUGCUCCAGCUGUCCUGGCUAACAGUCAACUUUAUUUAACCUGUUAAUAUCUGAGAGCAAGGCCCGAGUGUCUUCUCCACAUGUGGAGAGCAGGCCUUUCUUUUCCUGGAAUCUGCUGGCCUGUGAAAGGCUUGCAAUGAAGAAAGCAUGGCUCUGACUGUAAAUAAAUCCUUUCAGAUUCCAGUUGUACAACCAAAGGAAUUCAGCAAAUUCCUAUUUUUCUAAUCAUGACAUGCCUUCAUUUUAAUGCUUUUCUGACUGGCAAAUCUCAUCUUACGCUGCUUUGAAAAUAACGGGCAAGAAGUUGUAAUUCUGGCUUGCAAACAGCUGCCUUGUGCUCCUUACAGGUGUCAGUGCUGUGGCUUUGGCCAUGUGGCUGCAGGGACCCUGCAUGUGUCCGACUCAGGAGUGGGGAGUUCUCCCCAGACCUGUAGCUCUGGGUUUCUGUGGGGUGUUGACUCAGCCCUAGGUCUACCUGGAUCUAUUUGCUCUUGCAUUUGCUUCCUUACCUGGAGAAAACCCUGCAUCCUGCAGUGCUCACUGACUGUUUGGUAUCUGUGUCGAUAAGUGGAAAAAUCUGUCUAACAUUCCACCUCACCAAGUGUCUGGCUCUCACUGCUAGCCCGUCGCUCUUUGUAAUUUUAUAACUGCCUAAGAAAUUAAAUCUGUGUUGUGAUAAGUA